AUGUCAGCUUUGCCAAUUAUUGCCUGUGGCAGCACCAACCCGCAAGUUUUCAACGCUGUCAAACCUCUUUACUUGCCCGAGUACGAAAUUAUACAUAAUGUCACCAGCAGUGCCUCUGGAGCAGUCGAAAUACCCCUCAUGCUGCAAGGGCAGGCCCCUCCCAUUGCCGAAGAGCCCAAUCGUGGCACCAUGGACUAUUCCAGGCCGCCCGUGGCUGUGUUUGUAGGGGCUUUAUACGGCGAUGCGGAAUUCGACGAGAUGCGCCAGGCGUGCCGAGGACUCAGUUCCGUCCCUUGGUUAAAGAUAGACAUGACUAUAGAGAGACCUGCUCUAGGGCCUGGCUAUGCCGAGCAUAUCGUCAAUAGAAUUAAGACAUGUAUGGAGAAGAUCAAAGCUGAGGGCAAGUUGGAGCAGGAUGGUGUUUGGCUUUACUGA